AUGUUUUGCAAUAAAUGUGAUGAUGAGGUUACCGACGGCGUGGUUUGCAGCUCCUGUGAUGGUAAUCUUCAUUAUGACUGCUCAGGAAUAUCCGAGGUUAGCUACCGCAAAAUGGGCCCAGAAAAGAAGGCCACCUGGAAGUGCUGGCAAUGUCGGAACCAGGGGAAAGUUGCCGACAAUGGUAUUCUAAAAGUGCUAAACGAAAUUAAACUGCUAAGGUCCGAGUUUUCACCAAUGAAAAGUGAUAUACAUAAAUUGACCUGUGGGGUCGAUAACCUCAAUACAAAGUUCGAGGAGAUGGAAUCCCGUUUCUGUGGUUUGGAAGACCGCGUCACUGUCAUCGAAAAAAAUUCGUCUAUAACCUCAAAAUUACAAAAAGAUCUCGCCGCUGCGAAUAUGGUAAUCACCACUCUUCAGUGCGAUAAGGAAAAAUCUGAGCAGUUUUCUAGGCUAAACAACCUGGAGAUUUCUGGAGUACCCGUAACAAGCGGGGAGAACGUUCACUCCAUACUUGACUUGCUCUGUGUGAAGGUGGGUGUUGGUUUAGAUGAAAGGGAUGUGGAUCGUGUUCAUCGGGUGCGUCGGUUCGAGGCGGCGGCGGCGGUUGGUAAUCUUACCGGCCGGCAACAACAACAACAACCAGCCCGCCAUCCUGCUAUAAUCGUGCGGUUCACAAGGCGUGUCUGCAAAGAUCGGGUACUUGCGGCAACGCGUGCGCGCCGUGGCCUCACGUCAGCUGAUCUCGGCCUGCCUGGGCCCUCGUCCAACAUAUACGUGGGUGACCACCUUACGCCGGCGAGUAAACUAUUACUUCGGCGUGCCCGCGAGCUGAAGGCGGAGCUCGGAUAUGAAUAUCUCUGGGUUAGAGAUGGAAAAAUAUUGAUGCGUAAAAGUGAUAAAUCGAGAGUGAUCCUUAUCAUAAAAAAUGAGGACUUCGAAAAACUAAAGUGA